CAUGAUUGAGGCAGAGCUGAGACAGGAGAAAACAUAUGGAUAAUCACACUGAAGAACAAGUGUUUCAGACGACUCAGUGGAGGUUGAUUUCUGGGACCUUAGGACUAAUAUGCCUUUUGUUGGCGGCUACUUUGGGAAUUUUGUUGAUCAUUUCAUUUACUAAACCGCAUAAUGACUCAACCAUCUUUCCAGGCCCCAACAAAGAACUCCAGGAAGCCUCUGACUGCUGGUAUUGCCCAGAGAAGUGGGUUGGGUACAAAUGCAACUGUUACUUCAUUUCGACUGAAGAGAAAACUUGGAAAGAAAGUAGGAAAUUCUGUGUUUCUCAGAAUUCCAGUUUGCUUCCGCUUGAAAACGAAGAUGAACUGGAUUUUAUGCCCUACAAUCAAAACUUUUACUGGAUUGGACUCAUAUACGAUGAAGAACACGCUGCCUGGUUUUGGGAGGAUGGCUCUUCUUUUUCGCGGGAUUUAUUUCCAUUGAUUAAACUCUCAGAUACAAAGAAAUGCAUAUUAUAUUGUGCAACAAAAAGUAGUAUUGAUGAAUCUUGUGAAAAGAAAAAUCGUUAUAUCUGUAAACGACAGCUCUUUAAGUGUUUCUUGAGGCAGAGCGGUGAUGACUAA